AAAACUCCGCGACUCACAACCAGUGGUGGUAAACCGUCCUUAUUAUACAUCCAUGUGGUAAACUCACCAGAAACAAACGUGAAUUUCUGUGAAUGCAUCAACUCUUUUUAUUUAGUUUUUCGCUGACAGAUUGAACAUCUUCUCCAUUAAUCCACCAUGAGUUCCUCCAUGCCGCAGAAGCGUUACUACCGGCAGAGAGCCCACUCCAACCCGAUGGCUUACCACACGUUCGACUAUCCAGUGUGUCCUGAGGAGAUGAACUGGUCUGAGCUGUAUUCAGGCUACUUCGCCGACCACCCCUCUGAGAAAAAGCCCCCCCAGGUUGAGUUUGCAGAUAUUGGAUGUGGAUACGGCGGGCUGCUAGUGGAGUUAUCUCCACUUUUCCCUGACAAGCUCAUGCUUGGCAUGGAGAUCAGAGUAAAAGUGUCAGAUUAUGUUCAGGAUCGUAUCAAAUCCCUACGCACCUCAGAGCUGGGAGGCUACCAGAACAUCGCCUGCAUUCGCGGCAAUGCCAUGAAGUACCUGCCCAACUUCUUCUCCAAAGCACAGCUGAGUAAGAUGUUUUUCCUCUUCCCUGACCCUCACUUUAAGAAGACCAAGCACAAGUGGAGGAUUAUCAGUCCAACGCUACUGGCAGAGUACGCCUACACGCUGAGAGUCGGGGGUUUGGUGUACACCAUGACAGAUGUGGAGGAAGUGCACCUCUGGAUGGUGAAGCACUUCAGUGAACAUCCACUGUUCAAACGUGUCCUUGAUGAAGAAUUGGUCGGUGAUGUCAUCAUAAGUCGUUUGGGUACCUGCACAGAGGAAGGAAAGAAAGUGCAGAGAAAUGGAGGGAAAAACUUCCUUGCAGUUUUCCGGAGGAUCGAGGAUUUAAACUAAGGCAGUGUGGACAUGCAAUGAACUGAAAUAAUAGUCUUACAUCUGCACACAACGGCUGUGGCUCACCCCCUCACCCCCCAGCACAUGAACAUGAACAUGGAGGAUUUUUAUUUUUCCUGGUAUCAUUGGUCAAAUAUUUACAUAAUUACCCAAUAAAUGGUUUGAGGUUUUUUUUUUUACCAAUUAAUUCCUCAGCUCACGAAUGAAGACGCACGAGAAGUUAAUCACAAAAGCAUCCGAAUGCAUCUGUGAAGUGUUUUGUAUCACUUUUAAAAAAAUAAUUUUAAAUGAUUUACUUCGAUUGCAAAGAGUUGCUUUGGAUUUCCUGUAAAACUGUACUUCUUUUCAGUAAAAAAAAAAGAAAAUCAGUGUUGGGUUUGGUUCAUUGUGAUCAGCACUUGUAAGGGCUAAGAGGACCAUGCGAUCAAAUUUGAUCAAUUGGUCGAAAGCUGUUUUUUUUGGUUACCGUUCUCAAAAAAAGGAUUAAGAGCAACAGCCUGCAUAGUGAAUAUGCUAUAUUUGAAGAGGUUUUACUGCUGAAUUUUUUUUUAAAUAACAUAAACAUUUUCAUGUGAUUAUAUAACAUUGUUAUUGGCUUUGCAUUGUUAACUUGCAUUAUUGGUGGUGGGGAAUCUGAAAUGGAUUAGACUGUUUGCCAAUAAUCAACAUCCUGCUUGUUUGUCUGCUUUAUAAAAAAUAAACCGGCAUGCUGCAGCAGGUUCGGUGACAC